GAAUUAAGAAAUUUUCCAACACUUCAGACUUUGUAAAGUAAAAGAGCCACACUACGAUACGUCGAGACGACGAACGCAAUUUAUAAAUACGAGGAAGUUUAGAUAUGUCACAAAAAAUUGUAACAGUGAAGUGAGCGCACAAUAUUUGUUUGUUCGAAUUGCGGAAAUGAAUAUUCUUGGGUAUUUAAUAGCUGUGGCGCAUAUGCAGGCUCUCAAUGGAUCUCGCGGGCCUUACGAAGACAUACUAACCAAUAUAGGAACACUUGAUUCACUUGCACAUCAAAUACGUGAACAAAACUUGCUGUCAUUGGAGGGUUUCAAGAGCAGCGGAUUUAGUAGGAACGGUAACAAAGGAUAUUAUUUAUCAAGGAACUUACGAGAUUACAUUUAUUACAAAGUCGGAAAUCCUACAGAUGAAGGCGUUUUUCUGACUAUUCUCUACAAAGAUCAGGAUACUAAUAAAAAUGUUCCUGCGCUAUUUGUAUCUAAAGUCGAUGUUAAUGACGAGAUCCGAGAGGCAAUAAACGAUUACGUUAAUAAACUGUAGAACUUUGGCCCGACUCAUAUUUUGUACGAAUGCUUAAUUUAAUUGGCAAAAGGAACUGUUUCCAAAAUAUUUUCUAUUAGCUUUACUUUUUCUUUGUUUAGUUUUUUCAAUUUUCGAAUUUCGAUUUCGAAUACGAGACGGUUUCGUUUUGUCGCAUACAUAUUAUGCUGAAUAAUUUUAAAUAUAAAAUUUGAGUUCCCAUCUGUAUUCGUAAAAGACACUGGCAGCACCGCAAUACUGAGAAAUUUGAAAAUUUCACGUUUUUAUUCCAAAAUUUGGAAAAACUACAUAUUCAAUAAAUGUUUUACUUUGCGAUUGCCUCUAUGGUCCAGCAAUUCUUACAUCCGGAUUAGAAUCUUUGUCUUUAUUUAGCAAUUCCAAUUGUUCUUAUCUCGCACCCUUAAUACCAAAAAGAUCUAGCUGGGACACAAAGUUUUAAAUCUCAAAAAUGUAUUUUUCAAAUGUGUUGCAAUUUUUUAGAACACUUUUUAAAUAAUAUCGUUCAAAUUUCUUCAAAGUCACUAAUAAAAAAAUAUAUUUUAGUCAUAUUGUAUUGUAUUUUAAGUAUUAAUUAUAUUAUAAGACAGAUGUGUCGGCUUAUAUUCGAUAUUAUUUUACUUAUGAGCAUUAUUCUAAAAGAGAUAAUAAACUUG